AUGGAUCCCCAGCAGCCCACAUCCCGAGCUUUGCAAGCCCUCAUAAACACAAACAUCGCACAGCUCCUGCAGCGAUUCGAGAAUAUCAUGGCGACUGCGACGGUUGACAAUCCAAGCUACACAUCCACAGCCAUAGAAACAUAUCAGCUAGACGUUGAAUCUACUGCUCUAAUCCGCGCAGCUGAAGAUAUCCUCUCAUUAACGCACAUGAUGAAAGAGACGUGGCUCUUUGGGAAGUUGAAUACCUUAGGCGAAGAUGAGAGGGAUGUGCAGAGAAGGGAGGGAUUGGAGAGAAAUGCACAGAUAGUCAAGAGCACUAUUGAAAAGAGAGGCAUUUUAAAGAUGGAAUAG